GCGGCGCUUGUCACCAUAGAGACGCACAGCUAACGGCUAUACAGACAGGAGAGGAGCGGCGGAGUGAGAAAUAUCUCUGGAAUGGGGGACGAUUUGGAUCAUUUUAUUGAAGAGCAGAGGACAAAGCUUGCACAAGAUAAAGCAGCAAUGGAAAAGGAUCCACCAUACAUGGAAAUCAGGAGCAAGAGACUGGAGAAUACACGUGAUGCAGAUAGACCAAGGGCCUACACUUUAAAAGAAAACAUUCCCCCAGAUAGACAUCCUCAGAAAGAGACUGCUCAAGUAAUACAGUCAGAAGAUGUCAGCUAUGGAUUGAGUUUGCCUCUUGGAGAAGACUAUGAGAGGAAAAAGCAUAAACUGAAGGAAGAAUUACGCCAGGAUUAUCGAAGAUACCUCACUAAGGGAAAUGCUCAGGCCAAAAGAAAGAAACACUUGGCAAGCACAGGAGAAGUGAACCCAGCUACUCAAGGCCUGUCUCUUCCUAUUGGUGAGAGACUGUCAGGCAAGGAAAGACUGCGCCACGAGAGAAACCGUGAAUACAAUCAGUUCCUUACGAUGAAGGCGGACGAGCAGGAGACAUACAGGCUUGCUGCAGCAGAAAAAUAUAAUCAGAAUAAAACACAAAGCAGGCUGAAGGCAGAGCAAUACAAAGAAGCUCCAGUAUCGCAUAGAGAUCAGGAUCUUCCCAAGAAGGAUGCUUACACCUCCAUGGAGGCCUAUGAACAGCUACUCAAUAAAAGACGAGCUGAGACUCGGAGACCCAGACGACAGGACGUUGAAACUGAAACCGAGGACAAGUUUGUUCGGAGAGAAGAGGAAGAUACCACCGUUUCACGUAAAAACCCUUGGAGGUCAGAAAUGCAUUCUGACAGAACAGAUCGACCCCGAUAUGUUGAUGAAGAUUAUGAAGCAGAAGGAAGACGUUUGAGAUUAAAUUUUGCUACUGAUAGCAAUGAACCUCUGAGUUAUAGAGGGAGAUAUGAUGGAGAUGUGCAUGACAGAAGACCAAUAAGAUACAACCCACCUCCUGAAAGAGUUCUGCCUCGGCGUGCAGAUGUUUUAGAGAAACUUGAAUACAUGCCAGAUGAAGCAUCAUACUUUCAGAUAGAAAGAAGUGAUCACAGGCCUUUCAGAGACAGGAGAGUUCGAGAACCUCCAGUGGAUUAUGAAGAUGAUUUUAGGGAACAGUCAAAUCGAAGACCAAAGACUACACUCACAAAGGGCAGGCCUAAAGUGGAGAAACCAGUACAACCCACAGAGCGGUCUAAGUCUGCAAAGACUAAGGAAGAGAACUUUUCCACUGGUCUUGUGUUUGGUGGGUCCGAUAAAGAUGAGGCUCAGAAGAGACGAAAGGAACGAUAUAGACAGGAACUUAUGGAACAAAUGGUGGAACAACAGAGAAAUAAAAGACUGGAGAAAGAAUUGGAGCUGAAAGUUGCAGCAACUGGAGCGAUAGAUCCUGAGAAGCAACUAAAUGAAGAAGAGCCAGACAGGUUGAGACAGUUUGGAGCAAUAAAUCGUCAGCAGGAUAUGCCUGAUAGAAAUGUUCCCUUUCGACCUGGAGUGCUCAUUGACUCGGAGAAGACAGGCAGAAGGGUCGAGAAUAAGCCAGUCAUUGAAGAGAAGGCUCCACCUGAAAGACCAAGAGUGGCUUUCCAGACUCCCGUCCCUGAGCCAGCUGUCACUGGAAGUGGAUAUGCUGUAGCCUACAAUCCAGCACAAGAGGAUUUCCACCGAGGAAUAUUGAGCACACUGGGAGAAAUAGUUGCCCCCAGGAUUGCAGCUGUUCCUCCACCUCAACCACCAGUCCUGGUAGACCAUUAUCGAACACCUUAUGAUGAUGCCUACUAUUACUAUGGUGCUCGGAACCCACUGGAUCCAAACCUAGCCUACUGCAGAAGGGUCGAGAAUAAGCCAGUCAUUGAAGAGAAGGCUCCACCUGAAAGACCAAGAGUGGCUUUCCAGACUCCCGUCCCUGAGCCAGCUGUCACUGGAAGUGGAUAUGCUGUAGCCUACAAUCCAGCACAAGAGGAUUUCCACCGAGGAAUAUUGAGCACACUGGGAGAAAUAGUUGCCCCCAGGAUUGCAGCUGUUCCUCCACCUCAACCACCAGUCCUGGUAGACCAUUAUCGAACACCUUAUGAUGAUGCCUACUAUUACUAUGGUGCUCGGAACCCACUGGAUCCAAACCUAGCCUACUAUCCUGUAGGCACAAUAGGCGGGCAGCCAGCUCCAGGUGUCGGCAUGCCCUCAAUGUAUCCCGUCCCGGGUCAUUCACAGGAGCACACUGUGGGCUAUAAGCAGAGAGCAGAGGCUGCAAAAAUGGCCAGUUUAGGAUCAUUUCCAGAAGAAAAAGCUCAUCAGAAUCGGCAGGUUGCUCAAUCUUAUCAGAAAGACCUGGAUCAGCAGAUAAGAGAUCGGAAUGAGAAGCGCAGAAAAGAGAAAGAAGAGCACGAGCGAUAUGAAUCUAAGCUGGAAGCCGAAAUGAGGAGUUACAACCCCUGGGGUAAAGGAGGAGGAGGGGCUCCACUCAAGGAUGAAAAGGGAAAUCUCAUCACUGAUCUCAAGCGCAUGCAUAAGCAGAAUGAAAAUGCUUCUCAGAAUCCAGAAUUAAAAGCAUUUGAAGACAAGAGAGCUGUUGUAGUAGUGGACACAAGCCUGGCUGAUCAUACAUCAUCCACUGGAAAAAUACCAGGGUUUUCAUUUGCAAAUCAAUCUCAGUUUGCAAGAGGCAGUGUGUUCAAUGAGCCCCCCACUGAACAGCAGGUGCAUCAGCAGGAAUCCUACAAGAACUUCUUACGCCAACAGAUUGAAGAGAAAAGACGUAAAGAAGAAGAGGAGAAAGAACAAAUUCGUAUGGAAGAUGAAAGAGAAGAGAAGCGUGUUGCUGAACAAAGGGCCAAAAUUCAGCGAGAAUAUGAAGAGGAGCAGAAUAGGAAAAAGCUUAAAGAGGAGGAACAAAGGCAGACAAAUGAAGAGUUGGUUCGUCUCGCAGAUGAAAAACGUAAAGAAGCUGGAAGAAGGAAAAAAGAGGAAGAGGCAAAACAGGAGGUGGAACUGAAACACUUUUAUGAAGAGCAGAAGGCAGCCGAUGUGACUGAAGAGAAAGAGAAGUCUCCAAGGCUGCCAUCUCCAGUGAUCCCUACCUUACGGCACAAACUAACCUCCCGUACACCGAGACCGCCAACUGCUGAGAGCGAAGUGUCCAUCAAAUCACAUGAUGAGCCCAGGACCCGUACAAUAUCUCCACCGGUUCCUGCAAGGCGCACUCAACUCAGAGCUUAUGAAGAGAAGAAGAAUGUGAUUACUGAGCUGACUGAGCUGAGGAAGCAGCUGCGCAGUGAGCAGAGACGUUUAGAGGGCCGUUUACAAGAUACUGACAGAGAUGAUGAGUCUCUCCCCUCCAGGAGCGGACAGAGGAGGGAGAAGGGCUCUGCAGAUAUCUUUGAAUUGGCCAGGCAGAGGCUCCAGGCUACAGUACGAAGACCUUCAUUAAAGGGACUGGAGAAUGUGAAUAUGCAGAAUAUUCGAGAAUUUAAUGACCUCAAGUACCGAGAUACCGAGACCCGCGAAGGAGUGAGGUUUAUGUUUCCUGACCCUCCAAAGGAUGACCAAUCCCUGGAGAUCCAGCAGCAAGCCUUGCUUCGAGAGCAGCAGAGGAACCUGAACAGAAUGAAAAGGAGACCAGGGAUACCUGAUGCUUUGGAGCCGUUUCCUGCAUACAGUCUUCAUCACACUGAAGCGCUUAAAGAUCCGACAAAAGACCUCCUGAAAACGUCAUUGCUGGAGUCAGAGAGUGCUUUUAUAGGUGAGAAUGGAGAGCCAUAUGCUGCCUACACUGAUCCAUUCUCUGCAGCCAGGGAGCGAAGACGACACAAGCAGCUCACCAUGGACUUAGAUAAUGACAUCCCUCCUGUGCCACCACUCCGCCUAACCCAGCCAGACACCCUCUCUGUCAACUCUGCCUCCAGCUUUAAUGUUGAAGAACUGCAGAUCAGGAAUGAGGAGCGUCUGAGAAGGCUGAGUAAUCUUCGGAAAAGCACCGUGAGCAUAGAUCCCGAUGGCUUUGGAAAUGCAGAUGACAUCCUUAAAGGCUACACUACAAAGUUUAGUGGCAGACCGCAGUCUGUGGACACCGUAGCGACAGAGCCUUGGAUGCGCCCCGGCACAUCGGAGACACUUAAGAGGUUUAUGGCUGGCCAGAUGAACCAGGAGACAUCAACCAAUGAAAAUGCCUUAACCUUCAACUGGCAGGGCUUGUCUACUGCUCACGGGUGAACAUCAGCAGUGUAAGUCUGCUGUACUGGGCGGUGAUCUGUGACAACCUUUAAAUGAUGCACAAUAUUUCCUCUGCGAUUUCUCAGAUCCAGUCCUUAGCACAGCCCUGCGUGUGCCUUUUAUAGGACUAAUGUUCAUCACUGAAGCACUUUCCUCCUUAUUUUGUUGCUGAUGAAUGUUACAAUAAUAAUUUAAUUUCAUAUUUUUGUGAAGAAAACUUUAGAGGGAAAACAGUAGACAAUGAACCUUCUUGUGUUC